CUCCAAAUUGCUUUGACGUCUCUAAAACCCAGCCAUAAUAAACCUAUUUAUAGUUUGUACAAACAAUUCUUAGAAAUUUCCGAAGCAAAUCAUGCGUGACAUCUCACACGUCAUCGAUAUGAAUAUUUAUAAGUUAUCCCUAUAUAACCCCCGGCGGGAGCCUCGGGUGGCAUUAGACUGUAACUAUUAAGUUCAUAAUGCAGGCUGUUCUGCUGCUGGUGAUUUUAAGCGUGGUGGGCCAUUCGAUGCAGGAGGAGGGUCAGAAGUUGUGCGGUCGGAACCUGGCGAUCACGCUCGCUGCGCUGUGCAGGGCGGAAAGGGAAAAGCAGCAAGGAUACAUGGCGUCAUCGAAACGGUCUCGCUAUAACGCCAUCCUGCCGUAUUACGCGCCUUAUUGGCUGGUGCCGGAAAGGGCGCUCCGGCUCGGCCGCGGCAAGAGAGAUGGCAUUGUCGAGGAAUGUUGCAACAAAGCUUGUUCAGUGGACGAGUUACUCGCGUAUUGCCCACCCCCACAGUGA